UUCUUACUCUUAAGCUACACUUUGUUUUUUCUUCUUCUUUCUUUCUUUAUUUAUUUAUUUCUACAAAUUUUUAAUUUAAUUUUCCAUCUGUCCUCUCUUUCUCUCUUCCAUAUUUAUGUCUGUGAUCCAUUUUUCUUCAGACCCAACUGCCGUUUUUCUCUUUUCAUUUUUUCACACAACUUUACAGGAAAACCUCUGUUUUUUUUUUUUUUUUUUUCCCUUCUUGGGUUUUUUAUUUUUGAUCUGAACUGGGUUUGGAUUUUCUAGAGCUUUUUUUCUGAAAAAUAAUCCAUUCAGGAAGUGGGAAUUUUUUAUUUUUUAUUUUUUUUCCCAUUUCAACCUCUUCAAAACAAAUUUACCAUCUGAAAAUUUUGAUAAAGAGAUCGAGAGAGAAAAUAUAUAAAGAAAGAAACUGAGGAAUUUUGAUAUGAUGUUGGAUCUUAAUGUUAAUAUCAACAACGGUGCCGAUUCAACCUACGAGAAGACUAAGGAAAGAGGAGCAGAGUUGAUGAUAAUGGAGGUAGAAGAGAAAGGUUCCACAACCCAAAUAAUGGAAGAUUCUGGUUCCUCUGGUUCUUCGGUUGUUAAUGUUGAAAUCGAUGCUCUGAGUAGUACUACAACUAUUACUACCUCUAAUAGCGUCUUUAGAGAAGAAGACUCUUCCAUCAAUGUCACGAACACAACAUCUUCGACAUUUUUCUUUGACAUAAUGAAGAGAGAAAAGGACUGUAACAACGGUGCCACUGCCGGGAAAGAAACUAAUAACAUCUCUCCGCCGGGAUUUCUAACCAGGUCUUUUUUCCCGGUGGCCGGAGAAAAGGUUGGGAAUCAGUUCGUUGAAGCCGGUUCUGGGUCGUCUUCCUCGCGACCUCAGUGGUUAAACUUAUCUUUUGCGGAUUCCGGUGGAGGAGGCGCCGCCGUCCAACCGCCGGCGGAUGUUAAAGUUUUGCAGCAGAAACAACAGAUAAAGAAAAGCCGGCGGGGACCAAGGUCCCGGAGCUCUCAGUACCGUGGCGUUACGUUUUACCGGAGAACCGGCCGGUGGGAAUCCCAUAUUUGGGAUUGUGGGAAGCAAGUAUAUUUAGGUGGAUUCGACACAGCUCAUGCUGCUGCCAGAGCUUACGAUCGAGCUGCAAUCAAGUUUCGUGGAGUUGAUGCUGAUAUCAAUUUCAAUGUAACCGAUUACGAUGAAGAUAUGAUGCAGAUGAAAAACCUGAGCAAAGAAGAAUUUGUUCAAAUACUUCGACGACAAAGCACUGGAUUUUCUCGUGGGAGCUCAAAAUAUAGAGGAGUAACUUUGCAUAAAUGUGGUCGAUGGGAAGCUAGAAUGGGACAAUUCCUAGGAAAAAAGGCUUAUGACAAAGCAGCCAUCAAAUGUAAUGGAAGGGAUGCAAUUACCAACUUUGAGCAUAGUACUUAUCAGGGUGAGAUAAUUUUAGACACCAAUGCACAAGGCAAUGACCACAACCUUGAUCUGAACUUGGGAAUUUCUCCACCAUGUGAUGGUCCAAAAGGGCGUGAGUACUCUUUUGGUCUUGGGGACACUCGUGUUCAUUGGAACCCUCGUGAAGGACCUCACAGAAUAAGACCGAUAAUGAUUGAUGGGCAGUCAUCCCCACAUAUUCUCAGCCCUACUCCCAACCAUGCUGCUUCAGCUACAUGUUCAGGAGUGUAUCCAGCCUUCUUACCAAAACAUGAGGAGAUGAGAGCAAUGGCAGAUGAUCAUCAAAAGAGGAUCGAAGCCGCCAAUUCUUCGCAGGGUUUUUUGAACUGGGCAUGGAAAAUUCAUGGCAAUGGUAGCAACACUACUACUACUACUACAUCUAGUUGUGUAACAGCCAUGCCUACUUUCUCCAUUGCAGCAUCAUCAGGAUUCUCAUCUUCCACAUCUUUGGCUGCUCUAUCAGCUACCAAUAAUAUAAAUCCCCAAGCCAAUUUUGUUCAAAAUAAUAUUUGCCUUAGUCCUAGUAUGCCCAUUACCACCACAAAUUCUGUCACAAACAAUUUUCACAACUCACAAAUUCAUAGAGGCUAAACAUCAAACACCUUGAAGAAAAGCAAGAUGUGCUAAAAAAUUAAUAUUUUAUAUUAGAUGUAGUUCUGUAUUACUUGUACUACGUGUAAGAGAUUUUUUCUUUCUUUCUUUCUCUGAAUGCCUCCCUCGUAAUAUGCCAACUAUUUUAUUGAUCACUGAUUUUGCUACAUUGCAAUGUAAUAAUAUUUCUUCAUUGUAAUCUUUUGUAUAUAUAGAUUAUUUUCUUCAAAAUGAUCACUUUCUUUAUUUGUA